AUGUUAAGAAUUGUCGUUCUCGUCCUGGCAGUUGCGGCCUUUGCAUCAGGUCGCCCAAGCUACUUGCAUUCUUCUGUGGUUCCUUAUGGAUAUGAAAUAGAACCCACUGUUAUUGGACAUACUUUACAUUCUAUUCCAACGGCAGUGUCACAUCAAAGUCAAACGAUUGUACAUGAGAAGCGACCAUAUUUGCGACCAAUCGUUGAACAUAUCUCGGUUCCGGUGGUAAAGACGUAUGCUGUACCGGAAAUUAUUGCAUCGCCAUACUACAGUGGAGGAUACAGUGGUUGGGAUAAUGGUUAUGGGGGAUUGAAGACCGCAUCAUACGGUGGAUGGAAUCGGUGGUAG